UUUGGCUCAGCUUAGGCUUAGGCCCCUUUUUCGACCUGGGUCGCGCGAUUCUGCGUCCUUUGGGCCCGGGGGCCAUGGCAGAAAACGACAGCCCGACCAAUGAGGCCACGGGGCGCCUGAAUGUGCGCAGGCCUGCCCCUGUGGCCGUGCCGGUGCGCCUGCACCACCAGGUCGCGCACUCGCCGGAGUCUCCCAGCACGGUGAGCAGCCCGGACUCCCCCGACAGCAUGGUGCCCGAGUCCCCGUCCAGAAUCGUCGUGAGGAAUACCUUCAUUGAUGUGUGUGACAGCAACACUUCAGGUUCUCAGGAGCCCGGCUCCCCGGCGCGCGGCAACAGCGCGCCGGCCUCCCCCACGGCACGGGAGGAGCCCUGGGGGGCGAGCGCAUUUGAAGGCUCCCUGGGCGAUCCUUCUGAUCCUUCAACCUCACAAGGCCAUGCCAGGAACAAGAUAGAGGACAGCGGCUUCGGCGACUUCAGCUACAGCAAGCAGGAGCGUUGGCUCCGGGACCUCGGCUCCCCGAAGAAGGUCUCAGCACGGCCCACCCGCGAGCGGAAGACGAAGAAUGUGGGGGCAGAUGCGGAGGGUCAGUCGUCCAUGCGCCUGGGCGACCUUUUGAAGUUGGGAAUUCCAGGCCAGCCGGUGGACAAGGUGGAGGAGGAGCCCAUGGGGCCGCCGCCAGACAUGCGCGGCGAUGCCCGCAUGCCCUCAGGCUGGCCAGGCGGCUUUCGGAGCCCCUUGCCGGGCCAGCCGCUCUUGCCGCCACACAUGGAGGCGCGAGGACCUCGCGGCAUGCCAGGCCCGCCGCAGGACCUGGAAGGUAUGGGGCUGGCCGGUCAGAUUCCAGGCUUGAUGCCGCCCACCUAUGACGCUGGGUCUCGUAUCCCACCACACCAGGACGCGGGCUCCCGGAUCCCGCCGCAGAUGAUGUACGGCCUGGACCCCAACCUCGCGAACCCAGGUAUGGAUUGGCGUGGGCUGCAGUACUCGCAGCCCCCAGCGGCGAACUUCCCCGGGGGCUUGAUCUCGGCGGGUGGCAUGCUGCUGGCGCAGGGCCUCACAGCGCUGCAGCAGCAGCAGCUUCAGCUGGCGCAGCAGCAGGAGCAACUGGACCGCUUGCGACAGCAGUUGGAUCCGCAGACUCUUCAGCAGAUGCAGGCCGCUGCGGGGAUUCAGGGCGAUCCGUACGCGCAGUACGGGGGGUGCGGCCCCGAUGUCGGCAAAGGUGCCCGCAACGUCCGGAAAGGCCAUGGCAACGACCGUGGCAAAGGUGCCGGACGAGGAAAGAAGGGCCAAGAAGAUGAUGGCCGGAGGCUCAAAGAGGUCGCAGGUUUGGACGCCGAUAAGGAGAAGAACAAGGUCCCCCUGAGCGGCGGCGGGCCCAAGCGUACGGACUACAUCAAGAAGUUUUCCAAUGAGACGCCGGGUCCUGUUACGCAGCCCAUCACGACGAUGAUGCUGAAGAACAUCCCAUGCAGAAAGAGCCAAGAGGAGGUGAUGCUGACGAUCGACGAGGAGGGUUUUAGGGGCAAGUACGACUUCUUCUACCUCCCGAGGGAUGUGAAGUUCCGCGCCAACCUGGGGUAUGCCUUCAUCAACUUCAUCACACCGGAGGAUGCCGCUGCCUUUCAGAACAAGAUGGACGGGUACCAAUUCCCCAACUCGGGCUCCGCCAAGGCUUGCAUCGUGGUCCCUGCGCACGUACAGGGCGCGCUGAACAACCUCCAAGCCUUCAAGCGCACGGAGGUGAUGAGAAGCAACCGGAAACCGUACUUCUCGAAUGUUGUAGCGUUGUGAGAAAGCCGCUCUCAGUCUCAUCGAGUGAGGCAGUUGACAUUUGCUGACACCGCGAAAAGGGAC